AGGUACGAAGGUAUCAACUUUACAGCAAGGCCACAGCGAGCGCAUACUAAAUUGUAUAAACUUACGGUGCCUUGUGCGCCUUCAGCUUCGUAGAAUGCCCGCCGGUGGUUUUCUGCGCGUAACGUCACAGUACACGAGUCCACGAUCUGCACAUUGACACAUCGGUUGCAAUAGUUGUCAGUGUGUAAAUAUAUAUAUAGUCACGAAAUGGCUAGUUCAACCGACCCGCUCGCUCGCAGCAUAAAUGGUUUGAAUCCCCAGGCAAUCAUUGAAAAAAUUACUCGAACGAAAAUAUAUGAAUCGCCCUUCUGGAAAGAACGUUGCUUUGGAGUGAGUGCCGCUACUCUUGUCGAUCUUGCGAUGAAUCUCCGAGCGUUCGGGGGUGUUUACGGCAGCAGCAGCAAGGCAACGGAUUUCCUCUGCUUGACACUGAAAAUGCUUCAAAUUCAACCUGACAAGGAGGUUAUACUCGAGUUUAUAAAAAAUGAGGACUGUAAAUAUGUUCGCAUUCUUGGUGCAUUCUAUCUUCGGCUGGUUGGAAAAUCGUUCGAGGUAUAUCAAUUGUUGGAGCCUUUACUUCUUGACUAUCGUAAGAUCAGACAUCAGACCUCUCAAGGAAAUUUUGAACUCAUGCACGUAGACGAGUUUGUCAGCGCACUUUUGACCAGAGACAAUUUUUGUGACAUCUCCCUACCUCGAUUGACACACCGGCAGUUGCUGGAGACGUCAGGUCAACUCGAGCCGCGAUGCGGUGUCGCAGUCAAGCUACGCGAAUGACGGUUUUAUCACAAUUGGCUGCUGCGCAGUUACUUUGUAAACUUUUUCAGCAACGCACCAACUCUACUUUUUGCACAAUUAUAGUUCAGAGUCGGGUUGAGAGCACGAGCUUCGCCAUAUCUUUGGAUGACAAAUAACUUCAUAGUCCACUGGGUAUAACUUGUAUACCAUUCUUAACUUUCUUUUACGUGAGUUUCGCCUCUCGCUCGCCUGUCUCUGACCGUUUGUGCAAAUAUCACCUCAGUAUGUUCACAUUUGUGUGACUUCACACAGCGUUCAGUUUGACGGACUUUCUGAACUCCUCCUGAGUUUAUCAAUCAUCUCCAAGAAAUAAGCUAUUCGGUGUCGUGUACGGUUUUCUUUAGAAUCGAUUGAAGAGUAUAUAGGAAGAGUCUAUGAUUGAAUCUACAUUUGUUCU